GGAAAUCCCAAAAAGGAUAUAAAAAGGGGCUUCAGGGCAUCCUUGCUCAGUGUGUUUGUGACACUGCUAUCGGCUCCGUCAGUUUCUCGUCUGAAUCAACGCAACCAUGACACGUGUGAUGUUCCUGGCGGCGAUCGCUGCUUUCGCCAUCUGUGCUGAGGCGGCUUCACUGGGACCUCAAGGGGAGCUGCACCGAGCAAAACGUCAGUUCUCUUGGUCGAGCGACCAAGACGUUAAGCAAUACGGUGUAGACACACCCGGCGGAGAGCAGUUUGUCAGUUCACACAACACUUUCCUCGGCAACAAUCAAAGAGUCGGCCAACUAGGUUUCGGGGCCAACAACAAGCAGUUUGUGCAUCAAGGUUUCUCACUGUUCGGACCCAGCAAACAAGAAGUAGAACAGAUUGCGAAAGGAGGUGGUUUCCAGCACCAGACUGUCAGUCAAAAGGGUAGCAUCUUCGGACACAGCAGCCAGAGAGUUAUUCAGCAGGGAGGUACUAAACAGAUUGUGACUGGCAAGUAAGGACCGAAUCCAGCCUUGCCGCUGUGUUGCUGUAAGAACUGGUUGACUUUAUUCCUUCAUGGUCAAAGAAUUGACCAGGGAAUUGGUAUUGUAUGUGAUUGUUUCAGUCGAAAUUCCUCGGAAUCAAAUAGAAAUUCCUUUGCAGUAA